GUUGAUGGCGACAACCGAGCACCGGCUUUGCUUCUGGUUAUCCUCCUCCUCAUUGCACCAUAAAAGACAUACAUUUCACCUUCCAUGCCUGCCGCUAUCAUCUGUCAUAGAACAGGAUGACCCAUUUUCAAGUGUUUCUUGUUUACCAUUGAUGCUCGGAAACAAAGGAGCAUCAGAAUACCCUGAACUGAUGGUGGUGGUCCCAGGGCCCAGCUUACUUACUGACCAUACUCAUUCCAGCGUAUGGUCCACAGAAGCCUGCCAAGACAAUAGAGGGUAUUCUGAAGACACAAGGUCACUACUCCCGGUUGAAACAUGAGGAUUUGGAGCACGGAGCACUCUUUUAGUUACCCAUGGGAGACGGUGAUCAAGGCCGCCAUGAGGAAGUACCCUAACCCCAUGAAUCCACACGUGGUGGGUGUGGACGUGCUGGAUCGCCGCCUGGACGCAGAAGGACGCCUACAUAGCCACCGGCUCCUUAGUACAGAGUGGGGCCUGCCAGCAAUCGUACGAGCGAUAUUGGGAACCAACCACCUACAGACAUACGUGAAGGAACUCUCCAUAGUUGACCCUGAGGAGAAGAAGAUGGAGCUGUGCUCAACAAAUAUUACGCUCACCAACCUGAUAUCGGUGGAUGAGAGGCUACUUUACACACCACAUCCAGACAAUCCUGAAGUCACCAUCUUGACGCAGGAGGCCAUCAUUACAGUGAAGGGAGUGAGUUUGAGCAGCUACCUGGAGGGCAUGAUGGCAAGGAGAAUGUCUGCUAAUGCCAGGAAGGGCUGGGAUGCUAUUGAGUGGAUUAUUCAGAACUCAGAAAGAGAAAAUAUUACUCUCUGACAUUUACUAACAAUGGACGGCCACAGCCUAAUUUGAGCUGGCGCUUCAGACUACAGCCCGUGCAUUUUUUUGUGGACUUCUCAGACAACACAUGGGCUUAAUUGAGGAGACUGAUACUGGUGGAGCUGUGGUUUAAAUAGGAGAAGGUCUAUUGCUCAACGACUGACCUCUGCUUGAAUAGAAAAAUACUUGUAACCAAGGGCGUAGGUUUGGUCUCAACAUUUGUAGGGACGCUGUUACAGCAUAACACUUUUUGCUGGGGACGGGACAUUAAGACCAAACAGAUUAUUGAACGGCGGCCAGGGCUACAUUUCUCACGAAUAUAGCCUAAAAUAUAGCCUAUUAAUUAUUUUGAUUUAUUUUGCAUUGAUCAAUGCAAAAUGAAUCUGUAUUGACUUAUGCUAAUUUUCAUGUGUAUUGGUUCAGGUGAUACAACGUAACAAACCUUUGUUUGAAUCAACAACUACUAAAGAAACAUUUUGAAGUGCAAGUCCCUUUAUUUAAAAUGAACAGGUCCACUUCUGGGGGACACUGGAGCACCCCUGAACUCAAACUGUAAUAUAAAGAUGAUUUGGGAAAACAUUAAUGAAAAAAAAUCUGAGAUAUCCAAGUAUUGAGCUCCAUCGUAGACAUCCUAGACUACCCAAGACUAGAACCAAAGUACUCUCAUGAAAUUCUGAUGUGUGAUUUCAUUUUAAAGAUUUUCUUUUCAUGUCAGUUCAUGUUCAUGUCAGUGUCCUCCUGAAGUGGAUCCAUUCUUGGAUAGCUCCCUGUUUUUUUUUUUUUUUGGGUGUUUUUUUUUUUUUUAAAUAAAGGGACUUGCACUCUGAAGCCACCGUGUUGCAUUACCGUACUAUACAUAAUGCAAACAAUGAUCUAAAUGAGGGACGGCUAGCUUGACUUCUUUGUUCCUUGUGGAGGCUGGCCUGACUACAGUAGUUUUGCAGGCCAGCAAGUUUAAUGCUAUGCUAACUAUGCAGGUCAGACGUUCAGCAGCAAAAUUAGUGGUUUUUCCCCCAACUGUUCAGCAUUGACGUCUUUUCAAAUUACUUACAGUGGCUGCCGCUGAUUGAAAUAAAAAAAACUUCUAAUAUCCCUACUCUUCGAAGGGGGCGGAGGAGGCAGUGGCAUGCUGUAUUCCUGUCGGGCUGUCAGUGGGGCAGUGUGGGUGUGAGUGUGCGUCUGCGUGACUGGAGGGGGGUCAAGUCAUCAGCCAAGCAAACGUGCAUUUAAGGGGGAAAAACCGGCACAUUCAGCAAGUGAAAAGAGAUAAAUGUAAGUCUGAACAUAAUGAAAAUAAUUCACUUAAAAUGGUAUCUUUACAAAAUAUGGGAAGGCAAUCUAAAUUACUUAUAUAACUGAACUCAUUAUAUAUAAUAACGCAAAUUAGCUUAUUGCUUAAAAAAUUAAAUUGCUUAAAAGUUGGUUGGGACAAUUUGAGCAUUCUGAGAAGUUGGUAGUGAUUUGACCCUAACGUCCCCAUGCAAACCUACGCCCUUGCUUGUAACACAACUACUACUGAUAAUGACCCCCUUUUUUGGUAUUGAUUGGGGGACUUUGAUAUUUACCUACAGUAUUUCUCUACAUCUGCAUCUUAUACAAAAAAAUACUUGAUACAAUUAUAUCCAUUAGCAACUGUAAAACUUUUGCAGGUGGGACAAGUCCUCAGAAAAAGGUGCUUUUUGAUGUAUUAUAGAUUUACUUUGCAUGAUAACAGUGAAAUGAAAUAAGUAGCAUGGUAGGUAGGGUUUGAUUCAGCUGGGAUUGAAUGUUUUUGCUCACAUUACAACAGAACACCAGCUCAUUUCUGAUUCCAGCUAGUGGUACCUCCAACUAUUUGCAAGUGAGUUCAUGGGUGAAGAAAGCUGUAAGUGAGGGAGGGUACAGUUGAAAAACGGGUUGGCCUCUUGAUGCUGCCUAUUUGUGUCCGUGUGUGGGACUGAUCAAUGCACCCUCAUGCCUUUGUAUGUGUGUGUAGAACUACACAGAAGGCCAACCAUGAGUGUUGGGAGAUAUACAGUGUUACAUAAAUAUUGACUUUUCAAAAAAAAAAAAAAAAAAAAAAAAAUGGUAAAAACUGUGAAUAAUGACGUUAAUCUCACUGUUUGCAACUUAAUUUCAUUUCCUCUCAACUGUUGCAAUGGAUCAAUUGUUUAGCUGAAGCCAUUUUUGCAACUAUGGCAAUUAUGAACAGUAGAUUGUCAUCUGCUUUCCAUAGAAGAAUUUUUUUUGAGGUAAUUUUCAAUUAAAUGAAAAUGCUAUGCAGGCAGACUGCAGAUGCAGUUUGUGUAGAAUUUGAAUAUUUUCUCCAUCCUUCAUGAAUUUCUGGAUUUUAUUCCAAUUUCGACAGAUUCUUCCAUUCAUCCAGAGGAGGGCGCUAUUUCUCUUUGUUCAGACCCUAGUAAUGGGGACAACAACAAAAAUUAACGGAAUAAAUCCAAAUUCUAAACAUUUUAUUUGGACAACAGAGCAUUUACAGAACGUAUUACAUAGUAUGUACAGUACAUCAAUUGGUUGAGCAGUGCUGAAAAUUUCUAAAUUAAACUGAGUUUCUUUCAAAACCAAUUCAAACAAGCUGAGCUACUUAACCACUAUUUUAAUAAAUACGUAGCAUGUUGUUUAUCAUGCAGGCCUUUGAAAAAAUAAGAUGUUACACACGCACGCACAGCCACACACUCUUUGGUAUCCAUUAAUAUACAUGAUGGUGUUCAUGAUCAGUAAACAGCAUCUGGAAAUUUAUCAGUUAACUCAGUACCAGUUUCAAGUUUUGCAGUAAGGCACACAGAGUUGGACGAAGUUCACGCAAAAAAGAUUGCAAAAUGCAGCCACGGCAGAAAUAAACACAUUUAAAAAAAAAAAAAUGUAUCAAACCUUAUAAAAGUGAAAAAAGUAAUUUAAAAAAAAAAACAUGAUGGUGCUUUAACACCCAGUUAUUUAUAAUAUUUGACUCCUCUGAUGUAGCAGUGCCAAACCAAACAACCGUCUGUGCUUUAAACACUGUCCCAUCAAUGUGGUCAGCUUUAGCAAAACAUACAAAUCAGAACUUUUCAUACUCAUACAUGAAUAACCAUCCAAAUUCCUGUGUUUAAAUGUACUACACAACAACAAAUUCAAACUACUUUUCCUCACUUAUACUGCUCCCACUUCUUGCAAGGAUUUUUGUUCUAACCUCCCUUAGCUCUCCUUUACUCACAUAACAGUGACAAUCUCUUACUUUUAACAGUAAACAAACCUAAAUCUCAAUUGCAUAUUUGUCCCACUGCCUGAUCACCAUCGAGAUACACCUUAGCUGAAUAUACAUGAAACAAAACAUACAUGUAUAUGUACAAUAUGUACACUCAGUCUAUAUUUAGGAUGGGUCAUCAGUAUUUAAAAAGGUUGAUGAAGUCUUGAGGGGAGAGCGCCAUGGUGCAGCUUUCUGGGUUAUUGGCAGUACACGGAUGAUUUGUGUCCUGUUGUGGAAACAAGGGCAUAUGAAAUACUUUAAAGAAUUCACUCAUUCAUUCUUUGAAAUACUAUGAUUACCGUAAUUUUUGCACUACAGUGCGCACCUCACUAUAAACCGGCACCCACUGAUUUUGACACGAAAACGGCAUUUGUUCAUAGAUAAGCCAUACUGGACAAUAAGCCGUAGGUGUCCUCACUGUAUUAUGGGAUGUUUACACCAAAAGAUAUUUACCGGUAACACUUUAUUUGACAGCAGCAUCAUACAACUGUCAUAAGACCAAAUGAACCACCAUGAAGCUUUGAACCAAUUUAGACUGUGAAGUCGCAUCGUAAAGCAGAAGCAAAUAGAAAGUGGGACAUUAUAGACCCGCCCUCGCAUAAAAACUGUUAUUUCUGCCAGUUUUCUCCGGUAAUCUUUCAAAAAUGAACAUGCCGAUCACACAUUGCUUUUUUGGAACUUGUAGAAACAACUCUAGACAUUACGACAUACGUAUGAAGGAUUUUUUCUUCGUACGUUUCCCGAAACCAAAAACUCUGAGGGAAAAAUUAGAGGACAAAGAGGUAAGUCAUUUUGAUAUUUUGAACUUAUUUUUUUAGCGUGGCGUUGUGCCGUGCUGCUUCUGUCUGACAAUGAAUGACUUGAAAAGAAUUAAAAAUGUAUCUGAGUGCCACUGUUACCUUUUCUGUUGUAAAAAAAAAACACUUCAGUAAAGGGGGAAAUGUAAAUAAAUUAUAGAAUUAAGAUUUGUUAUUCAUUUUAAAAAAUUAGGUAUUCGUUGGCUCUCAACUAGUUGCAUUUGCGAUCGCUACACAAAAAUAUUACCGUAUUUUUCGAACUAUAAGUCGCACCUGAGUAUAAGUCACACCAGCCAUAAAAUGCCCAACGAAGAGGAAAGAAACAUAUAUAAGUCGCACCGGAGUAUAAGUUGCAUUUUUGGGGGAAAUUUACUUGAAAAAUGUAACACAUAGAACAGAUAUGUCAUCUUGAAUGGCAAUUUAAAAUAAAAAUACAAUAGACAACAACAUGCUGUAUAGUGUACAGUAUGAUGUUGUUACAUGAUGCUUGAACAAUGAAAUGCGAACGUGGCCGGUUUGUUAACGUAACAUAGCUAUUAAGAGUUAUUCAGAUACUAUCUAUAGCAUAAAGAACAUGCUAACAAGUUUACCACACCAUCAGUGUCACUCCAAAACACCCAAAUAACAUGGGAAAUGAUAUAAUAAUGUGUAAAUAAUUUCACACAUAAGUCGCUCCAGACUAUAAGUUGCACCCCCGGCCAAACUAUGAAAAAAACUGCGACUUAUAGUCCAAAAAAUACGCUAAAGUAGAAAGGUCAGAGACAACCAGAGGAUGUAAUAUCAUAAGAUAGACAGGGCACAAGGUGGUAAAGGAUAGAUUGGUAAAACAAGAGAAUGUCAUUGUCAAUCGUGUAAGAAAAAGGUGUUGAUAAAAAAGCAAAAAGGUUAUGCUUAGGUCGGCUCGUUUUUUUUUUUUUUCCGUCUUUUUCAGCCCUCGACACUCAAGCCAUCUCGUUAACUGAACAUUUUUAUGUUCUUCCACAUCUUUACCAGUAAAUGUGGAACCAGAGACAUCAUUUUCGGACAGAAUUGCUAGGUUUAGCUCUGUAAACAUCUCCUUGUGACACGAUUUUCAUUCAUUUCCUAUUGUGGACAAACGGAAGCGUGUCCCCCCCCUUAGCAACAUUAGCUAACGUCAUGUAUACUAAUGAGCGGAAGAGACGUGUAGCGUGCGGUACGCCAUUGGCUGCAAAGCUUCAUUGCUUCAAGAAGCCAUCACUGCUCCCUUGGGGGAGACAGUCAACCUCUUCUGCCACCUGCUGUCAACACUGUUGUUGUCCAACAUGCCUCCUAGCAUGCAUUGCAGCGCUCCAGAUGUAAAUAACAAUCAAAAUUCAUGUUCUGUGCCAAUAAGAUUGUCAUUAGACUAUCAUAAUUAUGACAUGACACUGUCAUGAAUAUUAAUGAAUGCUAAUAACAGAUUUCAUUUAGUGUCAUCCAGCUAAUUAUCUCACUUUUGAAUGGAUGUAAAAGAUCCUAGCUGACCAUAAAUGUAGUCAGUAACAUAUUUUGCCGGAUGACACUUAAUGACAUCUGUCAUAAGCAUUCAGUAAUGCCCAUUAUAGUGUCAUGUCAUAAUUAUGACUGUCUUAUGACGCCGCUGUCAAAUAAAGCAUUACCAAA